GGAAGAAUUCAACUAUCGGACAAGAUGGACGCCAAAUGUGUAGCAAGGUGUAAGUAUUUUUAAAACGUAAGUUUAGCAUAAUUUAUUGUGUAAUGUUUCAUAUCGAAUCAACUAUGAACAAAAUGGAGGGCAAAUGAAAUGGUUUUAAAGUCACUAUAGCAUACAUUUAAACUUAGGUUCUGAUAAUAAUAUUACACAUUCCAAAGAAGUGGAGACAGAAUGUCUUCAUGUGACGGACAUACCAAAACCUUAGCUGCCAGAGUUUUAACCCAGGAGGAGCUGGACAGACUCGGCGGUGAGCGGACUCUGGUGUCUGACUUUAAACAGAUGAAGUUGGAGAAAGAAGCUCAGAAAAACUGGGAUUUGUUUUACAAAAGAAACACAACAAAUUUCUUCAAGGACAGACACUGGACCACCAGAGAAUUUGAAGAGCUCAAAGCUUGUCGAGAGUUUGAGUCUCAGAAGUUGGUGAUACUGGAGGCUGGCUGUGGUGUAGGAAACUGCAUCUUCCCUCUGCUGGAGGAGGACCUCAACAUUUUUGUUUAUGCGUGCGACUUCUCGCCACGAGCUGUGGAAUUUGUCAAACAAAACUCUCUAUACUGUCCUGAGCGUUGCUGUGCCUUCCAGUGCGAUUUAACUAAAGAUGAUCUAAUGAAAAAUGUGCCAGAGGGAAGCGUGGAUGUCGUCACUCUCGUCUUUGUCCUGUCAGCUGUCCAUCCUGAUAAGAUGAAGCUGGUUUUGGAGAACCUCAACAAGGUGCUGAAGCCUGGAGGUAUCGUCCUGUUCAGAGACUACGGCUUAUACGACCACGCCAUGCUCCGAUUUAAGUCUGGCAGCAAGUUGGGGGAAAAUUUCUAUGUUCGCCAAGAUGGAACCAGGUCCUACUUCUUUUCUAGAGAGUUCCUGGCUGAGCUGUUUGAGGAGACGGGCUUCCAAUCUGUUGCUAACGACUAUGUUCUGAGAGAGACGGUCAACAAGAAAGAAGGGCUUUGUGUUCCCAGGGUUUUCCUGCAGAGCAAAUUCACUAAGCCUGACCAGCCACAGAGCUCUUGAUGUCACUAAGCCUUAGUUGGUUAUCUCCCAAAUCUCCAAAGACAUGGUGAAACAUAAGACUAGAAUGUCUAGUUGAAACCGGAUAGCCAAAAAAUUAUAUAUUUUAAGGGGACGUUCUAGCAGAGGACACUCCAGUUUCUGAAUCUUUCAAUCCAGAAGAGAGAUACCGAUGGGUUCGUUACUGAUACCUCCUCCCAUGCAUUACCCAAUGGAUUUUUACCUUGAAGUGAGGUUCAGACACAUUGAGUCUGCUGCUCUGUCUGAAAUUAAAGCAGUGGGCUUGCCCUUGGAGUCUUACAGGUGUAAAUAUGAGGAGCUUUAUGAACUGGAACAAUGAAAAGCUCAAAAGGUGAACAACUGUUCAGUAAAUCUUGAGCUAACUAAAUAAGGAGCAGCUUGAAUUCACGUUUGUCAAAGUUUAGUCAGCUGCUGAGGAACAUUUUGCCUUCUCUUUAAGCCUUUGAAUUUUAUUUCUUCUGUAAAUAAACAGGUAUUUUAAUAAUAAUGAUACCAUAAACCUUUUCUUGAUAUUGAGCUCUUGUGACAAUUUUAGAAUUUCACUUUUGUGUACAUUUAAUUGAAUGUUUUUAAUCAUGUUAAUCUGUCUAUAUUGGAUACCAACAGAAGUGCAUUGUGUCAUUUCACACAGUUGUUCAAAAAAAAAUUCUCAGUGUCACAUCGUGCUUAUGAUUCAGUAUUUUUCUGCUGUAAACCACAGAGGCUGGACAUAAUCAGUAAACAUCCUGACUGUUUAAUAAACUUAUUAACUCUUUA